UAGAUGGUGUGACACUGAAAAUUCCACAGGCUCCUAGACGAGUCUGUGUACUCGGUUCUGCACCCACGACCCCCGGUGCUCCACGUUCAGGGAGAAUGCUUUCUAUUCCCUCGGGGUCCUUCUGAGCAGAGGGCAGCCUGGGGCUUGGGGGUCUUUGGACCUGGGCAGUGCAGAAUGUGGCAGAGCACCGGCCACUCGUCUGGGGACAAGGCCAUCCUCGUUGGAGCCUUGGGUCCUCAUCUGGAAGCGAGUUCGCGUUAUGGCCCUGGCUGGGCUGAGGAGGCUUCGUGAAUGAACCGGACGCCAGGACAGCGGAGGGAAAGGGGGCUGCGGGGGAGGCUUCAGAGGUCCUCACAUCCCCCGGAGCCGGCAGGUCCCGCCCCUUUGCCCCUCGGGCUCAGGGCGAGCUGCUGCCUUGACGACAUCCAAACAAAGGUGUGCCCUGGACCCUGGAGACACAGACUCAGCCGGAGAGAGGAGGGCUUAUUCGCCAGGUCACACCCAGUCUCAGCAGAUGCCGAGGCUCAGAUGCUGCGGUCAGCCAUGCGCUGCCACAGACUGGGCCUGGGCCUGGGGCUCUGCCUGCUGGCCGGCACCAUCUUCUGUGCUCUGUGGGUGUACGUCGAGAACUGGCUGCCAUUCUCCUAUGUCCCCUAUUAUCUGCCCUGUCCGGAGAUCUUCAACAUGAAGCUGCAGUACAAGGAGGAGAAGCCGUUCCAGCCAGUGGCACAGUCACAGUACCCUCAGCCCAAGCUGCUGGAGCAGAGGCCCACAGAGCUGCUGACCCUCACACCCUGGUUGGCGCCCAUCGUCUCCGAGGGGACCUUUGACCCGGAGCUCCUGCGGCACAUGUACCAGCCGCUGAACCUGACCAUCGGGCUCACAGUAUUUGCUGUGGGGAGGUACACCUGCUUCGUCCAGCACUUCCUGGAGUCGGCGGAGCAGUUCUUCAUGCACGGCUACCGGGUGCACUACUAUAUCUUCACCGACGACCCCGCGGCCCUUCCCCGGGUCCCGCUGGGCGCCGGCCGCCACCUCAGCGUCAUCCCCAUCCAGAAGCACGCCCGCUGGGAGGAGAUCUCCACGCGCCGGAUGGAGACCAUCAGCCAGCACAUCGCCAGGAGGGCGCACCGGGAGGUGGACUACCUCUUCUGCCUGGACGUGGACAUGGUGUUCCGGAACCCGUGGGGCCCUGAGACCUUGGGAGACCUGGUGGCCGCCAUCCACCCCGGCUACUACGCUGUGUCCCGCCGGCACUUCCCCUACGAGCGCAGGCCUGUGUCUGCCGCCUUCGUCGCAGACGGCGAGGGGGACUUCUACUAUGGCGGGGCGGUCUUUGGGGGGCGGGUGGCCAGGGUGUACGAGUUUGCCAGGGGCUGCCACAUGGGCAUCCUGGCGGACAAGGCCAACGGCAUCAUGGCAGCCUGGCAGGAGGAGAGCCACCUGAACCGCCGCUUCAUCUCACACAAGCCCUCCAAGGUGCUGUCCCCCGAAUACCUCUGGGAUGACAAGAAGCCCCAGCCACCUAGCCUGAAGCUGAUCCGCUUUUCUACGCUGGACAAGGACAGCGACUGGCUGAGGAGCUGACAGCCGAGCAGGGGCUGCCGGGGACGGGGACCCCAAGCCCCGCAGCCAGCUCGCCCUAGCGACUCACCGCUCCAGCCUUAGCUGAGACCGGCCCUGUGCCACCUACCUCAGUCUGUCAGGAGAGUCCACCUGGCAGGGGGGCGUGGACGGGCCUUUGCAAGCCGCACAGGGCUGUGCCCGCAGGGCAGAGCUGACCAGCUGCAGGGUCAGGUAGGGUGGGGGAGGGGAGAGCGGCAGUAGAGAGCGCAGGGCCCCCCAGACCACGUGCCUUCAGGCCGGCUCUGCUGUCUGGCCCUACUCAGUGCCUGCCCUGCCACCUCUGACCUCUGCUCUCUCUUGCUGCCUGUUGCCCUUCAAGUUGCCCAACACGCUGGUGCGAAAGGCGUCCGGAUGCCUUUGCUCUGGCUGCAGGGCUCCGGCGUCGUGCACGGGGUGCCACUGCCUCACUCAGGACCCGGGGGUGAGCCUGUGACGUGGGCCUGGGCUCUCUGGUUGUCAGUCCAGCUGCACCCCAUGGCAACCACCCUCCCUGGCCCUCACUGCCCCCUUCUUAAGAGAGUUGGGGCAGUUUGAAUAAAGUUGGCACAUGCUAGGCCCUAAUGGGGGGCUUUCACCUGCA